CGUAGCUUAAUAAUCCCGUGUUUGAUCAGCGUGUGGGGUCAAAGUGUAGAGUUAAACUAACACCAACUGCUUUAAAGGAGCUACAGCCGCACUCAUGGUAAAUUCAACAUAAUGACAACACGGAACACAAGUCGGUUCUGGGAGUGGGGAAGGAAGAUUAUUUGUGUUGGGAGGAAUUACGCGGAUCACGCUAAGGAGCUGAAAAAUGCAGUUCCCACUGAGCCGGUGCUGUUCCUGAAAGCUCCUUCUGCCUACGUGAGAGAGGGCUCUCCGAUCCUGCUCCCCAGGUACAGCAGCAACCUGCACCAUGAGGUGGAGUUAGGGGUGGUCAUCGGCAAGGGAGGCACAGCCAUCCCGCAGUCCCGCGCCAUGGAGCAUGUGGCGGGCUACGCUCUGUGCUUGGACAUGACAGCCCGGGACAUCCAGGACGAGUGCAAAUCCAAGGGUUUACCCUGGACUCUGGCCAAAGCCUUCAACACCUCCUGCCCCGUCAGCGAGUUCAUCCCCGUGGAGCGCAUCCCGGACCCGGGGGACGUCCGGCUGUGGCUGAAGGUGAACGACCAGCUGCGACAGAGCGGCUGCACCUCCCAGAUGAUUUUCUCAGUGCCAUAUUUGAUAAGCUACAUCAGCGACUUCAUCAGCCUGGAGGAGGGAGACCUCAUCCUCACCGGGACCCCUAAAGGAGUCUCUGCCGUGCAGGAGCAUGAUGAGCUCCAGGCAGGGAUCGAAGGUGUGAUCACCAUGAGCUUCAGAGUGGAGAGGAAGGACCACUGAGAUGAAAGAAGCCAGCAGGGGGCAGUGCUGCACUCUCAGUCCUUCUGCUCUUUCUGACCCGUUCAUAGUUUGGUCGGGUGCGUCUACGCAAACCUCUUAUUUACUGUAACUCUUCUUCUUGUUUACCAUUAGUUUUAAAUUAACUGCCAUUGUCCUAAUCACAAGGGAUGAGUUCACGAGUUUCAAAUAAAGUGAAAUUUUCAAAGUAUACACGUCAAAAGCAAGAAAACAUGUAAUUAUUUUAAUUACUGAAUAAAUACAAUACAAUCAUAA